AUGCCAUCGCCGAAAACCAUAGUUAUUGUAGGUGGAGGUCCACGAGGCGUUUCCGUUCUCGAACGCCUUGUUGCUAUUCUUAAUUCAAGACGUAAUGUUGAAGAAUUAACCAUCAAAUUGAUUGAUAGGAUCCAGCCUGGAGCAGGAGCUAUUUGGGAGACGUCACAAACAAGAGUAUUAUGUAUGAACACCCUUGCCGAUGCAGUUACUCUCUUUACUGAACCAGGAUCUACAAUUUCAGCUCCAAUUGAGCCAGGACCAACACUUUAUCAAUGGAUCAAAGCAACAUUGUAUAAA